GCCCCACUGCGCUCUAGUCUGAGCUCAUGUACACUUCCAGUACAUUCUCAGCUCUUCUGUCCUUGAAAGGAAUGAACAUCCAUCUCACCCUUCGAGUACUGCUGGUAGCAUUCGUCCUGGCUCUGGCUCUGGAGUCAGUCGAUGGCAACGUGAUACCUACCUACAAUGAUUGUCUAAACGCCUGCAAGAAGGGACGCGAUGGUGUGAAGACCUUCUGCCAAUCCAUCAACAACAUUCCACAGAGCUUGAAGGACACUUGCUCCACCGUCUCCAAGAUCGUUCUGGCCCCUCUCUUCUCCCUCGCGUGCAAAGGGUUGUGCUUUGACUAUAAGCUUCAGCUGCCCCUCCUUUCGCUGAUUGGCUGAAAGCGUACUUGGUCCUCGUUGAGGGACAAGAUCCAAGAGAAAUAAAGAACGGCUACCGUCAAA